UCACACCCUGCCUUCAUAAUGAAAAGCAGAGCACUUGGAGCCUGUCACUUUCAGCCCAGCACACGAGGAGAAGGAAGCAGAGAGAGCAGAUUUAACCAUGGGGAGGGACCCAUUUGGAAUAAUGCUACGUCGAUCAAGAGUAUUUGCUUGCAUUGUUAUGGCUGGUUGGGUGAUGGCAGCUGCUGCCAGUUCUGCGCUGAAGCUUCCAGUUGCUGGCUUGCCAGGCAGCCAGUGUGACACAUUCUCUCCAGCAAUCCUGAACUCCCUGGGACAGAAGGCUCUUGGACUCUCAGUGCAGCAGAUUGAGAACUGCAUCCCCGGCAACAUGCUAGCCUCUUCUCUGCCUUCCUUGAGCAAAGUUCAGGGCUGGGACCCCGAACAGGCUGGCGCCAUCCUGGAGAAACUGUUCAGUUUUGGAUACCAGAUUCAGGAUGGGCAGAGCCUUGCAGCACUUGGGAGUUUGGUGGUUGGGUUGAGCCACACCAGCCUGGAAUCCAUACCUGCCCAGGUGGUCUUGGACGCUGUUAAAGUCCCAAGCUUUGCCAAGCAGCUGGAGACUGUGCCACCCACUCUAAAAACAGCAUUUGUGGAAAAGCUGGUUGCUUCUACAGCGGGAUUUAACGACCUGGUGAAAUACACCCCGGAUAGUCUGGUUCCCUAUUUACCAAAAUCACUGCUGGUCCCUGGUGACACAUUCAACAUUCAAGAUCUCAAUGACAAGCCGUGGACCCCAGAACAGGCUGCCAUGUUGUUUCCUGAUAUAAUCAAGAGGGUCCCUGAAAUCCACAGCCUAUCCCCUUCCAUACUGCAAGGCGUUACUUGUGCAGUUGCUGCUGAUAUGGCUGAUGAGAGAUUCCAACAGCUACUCAGCGUUCUGGGGCAGAAGAACGUUCAGCUGAGCGAAGAACAGCUGAGCUGCUUAGCCAAGAGGGUACUGCUCAGUGGACCACCAGAGGAUUUAAACAACUACCCUAAAGACUUGUUUCUCUUUUUAAGGCCUUCAGACCUUGCAGCAGGUGAAAACUGCAAGGAGUAUGUCACUCGCGUUGGAAAAGCCAAUAUUGAUGUCCUGGAGAAAGAUUCCCCACAACGGAAACAGCUUCUGUCAGAGGCGUUAGCUUGCCUGGACAUCCAUGACCUACAGGUAACCAAGGAAGAUGCGGCAAUUCUGGGCCACUUAGUCUGUGAUCUUGGUGCAGACUACAUCACAGCAUCCGGCAACAAUUUUCUGACGCAGUUAAAUCAGUGCCAGUCUUUCACACCCGAACAAAUCAAAGCAAUCCAAGCUCUCCUCAGCAGUGGAAGAACCUCCUUUGGGCUUCCUUCAACAUGGUCAACUUCUACCCUGGAAAAACUGAGUGGUUUGCUCCCUGUAUUUGAUCACAGCAUCCUACAAAGUAUCCCUGCAGGUGUAUUAAAACCAUGGCUGAAAGACUUCUUACACCAUACCCAUAUGCCAACAGAACAGCUGGCAUCUGUUGUGAAAAACCUCCACCCCUCCAGGCUGAAACGUAAUUCAGGAUGCCCAGCUGAUAAGACCAUAACACAGGAGAUGCUUGAUGAUGAGCUGAUGCCUCUUUAUUACAAUAACGAGGAAUUACGCCAGUGCUUGGAUGACGCAACCCUGCAGGCCAAUCUCAACAAGAUCUCAAGUUAUGCUUUCACUGAGGAGCAGUUGAUGGUGCUUAAAGAAAAGCUGGACCGGAUCUAUCCUACUGGAUAUCCCGAUUCGGUUAUCCGUAGCAUGGGAGGCAUCCUCAGCCUAGUGACUCCUGAGGAUAUUAAGAAAUGGAAGUUCAGCUCUCCAGACACCCUUGUUGCUUUGCUGGACAACGCACCUGAUGAUGAAGUGGCCAGGGAGAUUAUUCAGCAAUAUGGCAAGUCCGGAGGCCAGUUUGAUGCCACAGCUCUGGAUGCUGUUGGGGGACGUUACAUGUGCUCCUUGACCCAAGGCCAGCUUAAAACGAUCACAGAGAAGGCUAUCAAGAGUGCCAAGACCCUCAACAUUGGUGGGUGUCCUCAGACUACCAAGGAUAUCCUGUACCCAAAAGCCAAGAGGGCUUACUCUGACCGACACAACGAGUUCCCUGCUUACUAUAACCUCAUCAAGCCAUACCUGGGAGGUGCUCCGGGUGAGGAUCUGAGGGCGCUCAGCAAAAAUAAUGUCAACAUGGACAUCAACACUUUCAAGGGCUUGCGAAAGGACGCCGUGAUGCAACUAAAACCCACCGAUGUCAAACACUUGCUGGGGAUGAAUGUAGCAGAGCUGAAGACUCAAGAGAACGAUCCCUUCGUAAGAGACUGGAUCGUGAAGCAGAAGCAGUCUGAGCUGGACAGCCUGGGCCUUGGGCUCCGAGGGGGGAUCCCUGACGGAUACAUUGUUGUGCCUGACGAAGAAAAGAAACAGACCUCCGGAGCGCCCCGUGCAGCCACCAUUGCCCAUCUCCUGCACCUCUUCCCUGCGUUCCUCCUGACUCUGUUGCUGGCUUCUUUCCUUUCAUGAAACUCUCCUGCUCUAAUCAAAAAACGGGCAAUGUGGUAAUGAUGAUCGGUCUCAUUUUGCUGCCAUUUUCUAUCAACUUUCAACUUUGCCUGUGGUGGGAAGAACAAGAAUACCCUUAGGGAAGUGGGUGAAGGAGAUUAUUUUAGGAAGUCAAACAGAAUCCAUUCCGGAAGUCCAUUCGACUUCCAAAACGUUCAGAAGCUGUGUUGGAUGUUUGGGUUCCAAAGACCGUUCGCAAACCGGAACACUCACUUCCGGGUUUGCAGCAUUCAGGAGCCAAAACGUUUGACUCGCAAGGUGUUCGGGAUCCAAGGUGCGACUGUGUGUGUGUGUAUAUAUACAGACAUACAUAUAUAGAUAUGUAAGCCACCCUGGGAUCUUAGGGUAAAGGAUGGGUGUUUAAUAAAUAAUAAUAAUAAUAAUAUGUAGAAUGCUUCAUUCAGUAUCAUUUGCAAAGUAGGAGCUUCAUAGCCUGAGCUAUGAUGAGACACCAGGACCUGUAUAAAUUAUGCAAAUAAUGUAGAAUUAGCUGCUUUUGUCCAACUUACAUGGUUUGUUUCUGUAAGCUAUAGGGGGUGCAGCAAGGAGCAACCUUGAGCUCUAAAGCACCACCUUCUGAAGUGCUGGCUGCUCAUCCCACACAGUCCCUGGGCUUUAAGCUUAACCUGGCAAUGCCCAAAUAUUUUCAAGCAGAAAGGCCACAACUCAGUGGGUAGAGUGGGUGAUUGGCACACAGAAGGUCCCGGGUUCAAUGGCACUUCCAAGCAAGGCUGGUAGAGAACCACGCCUGAAAUCCUGGGGAGCUGCUGCCAGUCAGUGUAGAGAAUAAUGAGUUAGUCGGACCAGUAGUCUGACCUAAGUUCCUCUGCCUUUGGCAAACAGGGAAGGGGUGGGAAUUAAAUCUGCAGCCCUUGGGAUUUUGUGCGACACAGAGUUGCAUACUUCUCACUUUCUCUGAGCUCAGAAGAAAUUUCAGGAGCAGGUUUAGAGGGUUGCUUUUCUUUCAGAGAAGAGAGUACAGAUGUGUUGUGUUGAGGUUAGAGCUAGAUGAAUUUGUCAGUUUCCAUUUCCUCCCUCUGUUUCUCAAUCUUCCGGUCUUAAAUUGAGUUUAUCA